AUGCAGAUCUUCGUGAAGACCCUGACGGGCAAGACCAUCACGCUGGAGGUGGAGUCCUCGGACACCAUCGACAACGUCAAGGCCAAGAUCCAGGACAAGGAGGGGAUCCCGCCGGACCAGCAGCGCCUCAUCUUCGCCGGCAAGCAGCUCGAGGACGGCCGCACCCUCGCCGACUACAACAUCCAGAAGGAGUCCACCCUCCACCUGGUGCUCCGCCUCCGCGGUGGCGCCAAGAAGCGCAAGAAGAAGACGUACACCAAGCCCAAGAAGCAAAAGCACAAGCACAAGAAGGUGAAGCUCGCCGUCCUCCAGUUCUACAAGGUCGACGACGCCACUGGUAAGGUCACCAGGCUCAGGAAGGAGUGCCCCAACGCUGAGUGCGGCGCCGGGACCUUCAUGGCAAACCACUUCGACCGCCACUACUGCGGCAAGUGCGGCCUCACCUACGUCUACAACCAGAAGAUCGUAGAACAUGUAUCUUGUUGA